GCUCCGCCCCAGCGUGGGUUUACGGAGGCGACUACAAGAAGCCGCCUUAACUGGCCUGUAACGAAACACAAAUACUCGCUACUGCACUACUGUCUUUACAACUCUUACCUUUCUAUUUCUGGAGAGGGUGCGCCAGUCUGGAUACCGGACACAGUCACCCGUAGGCUUAGUGUAGGGGACGACCCUACGCGAAGCCAUCGCCAAGUUGAACGCGCCUUAGAGGUGGGCGCUCACAAGCGACUCACCGUUGUCGUGCGUCUUGCUCUGUAACAAGACGCCGAGACCUAAAUCUUGGCCUAGUCAAAGCAUAUCAGAUCCAACCUCCCACUCAUCGCCGCAAGAGUAGCCAGUAUGACUGACACUCCGAGAUCCGAGACCCAAACCCGCUUCAGCACCCCGGUAUCUGACCUGGACGACCACCGUCACCAAGCUGCCUCUCUUCCACGUCCUGCCUCUUUUGCGCGAGGCGAUCCUGGUUCGCCCUCCAGGUCUCGCCGACCGACCUUCGCCAGCGUUCACAGCCAAGACCGCCCCAACGUACUCUUUCAAGUCAACGAGGCUCUCGAGUCAGACAUAACUCGCCGCGACUUUGAAUGCGCUGUCGUAGAUGACGACCAGCACUUGUCCCCGGAUACCUACUUGCGCCGCGAAUCGCUGAGUCACAGCCCACAUGCUCGACGAGAGACAUUCAGGCGCCCCCGCGACGCAGGAUUGGAAAACACUACUAGAAGCAGAGCUUCCUCAACCACGUCGCGCUCCGUAUCCCCUCCCAAUUCCGUCGACGCUUUUGCAGGGCCUCGGCGCCGGGACCGAGCCAACACCCUACAGAGCCACGCAGGCUCUGAACAGGAUCUAGCGCUGCACAGGACGCUUUCUCGAGGCACAGCAUGUCGCCCAACCAUCAGUGAUGAGCGACCCCAGGACCUGCACAACAUUGAGGUGGCAUCUGCGCACAGUUCUGCAGAAGAGGAUGUUUGCUUCCCUGUAUCUGAGGACACAGGUAAGACCACAAGAUUCGACUAUGAAGAGUUGGAAGAAUUUGCCGCAGAGGCUCACGAGAAGACGCCCAUUGGCCAGCCCCUUCGUCACCAGGCGAGCGUAGCCUCCCGCAUGUCUACAAAACCCAAGAUCUUCUCGGACCUUCGCCCCAAGUCAACUUCUCCGUCACCAAGGACCGAUUGCGACAAUGCUACUCUCAAGAGCCUGGAUCCCGCUGUUCAAGAGAAGCUAGCCCAAGAAGGCCUCUCACACAUGUUUGCUGAGAAGCAGGCGCCCGAUGUCAAGGUCAACCGAUGGACCUUUUUCUCAUCUGAGCUUGAUGAUACCAUUCAUGCCGCUGAGUUGGGCGGUCUGCUCAUGCCUGGCGAACGUUUCCGGGACCUGUUUGACACUCCAUCAGAUGGCGGCGUUUGGUGGCUCGACAUGGUCAACCCAACAGAAGAAGAGGUCUUCGCUAUUUCCAAGGCCUUUGGGGUGCAUCCUCUUACUCGCGAGGAUAUUUGUAUCCAAGAGCCCCGUGAGAAGGUAGAGUUGUUCCACCAAUACUACUUUGUCUCUUUCCGCUCCUUCUUCCAAGCCGACAAGGAAUCCGAGGAAUACUUGGAGCCAGUCAACUUCUACGCCGUGGUUUUCAAAGAGGGCAUCUUGACUUUUACCUUCUGCGAGAGCCCCCACACGCUCAACGUACGCAAGCGCAUUAGUCGGCUUCGCGACUACAUCAACCUCAACGCUGACUGGAUUUGCUAUGCUCUGAUCGACGACAUUGUCGACAGCUUCGCACCUGUUAUUCGGGGCAUAGAAGAUGAAACCGACGCCAUCGAAGAUCAAGUCUUCACUGCCCGCAUCGAAGACUCUCGCGCCAUUCUCCGGUCGAUUGGCGAGUGCCGCAAGCGUGUUAUGCAGCUUCUGCGUCUCCUCGGUGGUAAGGCAGACGUCAUCAAGGGUUUCGCUAAACGUUGCAACGAGUCCUACAGUGUUGCCCCUCGUGGUGACGUGGGCAUGUACCUCAGUGAUAUCCAGGACCACGUCGUCACCAUGAUGUCCAACUUGUCUCAUUUCGAGAAGAUGCUCAGCCGAGCCCACUCCAACUACCUGGCUCAGAUUUCGGUCGACCAAGUCAUCCAGGGCAACGACAGCAACGCUACCCUUCAAAAGGUUACUGUCAUUGCAACGAUUCUCGUCCCGCUCAACUUGAUCUGCGGUCUAUUUGGUAUGAACGUCAAAGUCCCAGGCCAGGACGGCAGCUUAGGCUGGUUUUUCGGCAUCCUUGGUGUCAUUAUCCUCUUCGUCUGCGUCUGCUUGGGCGUUGCGAAGAAGAUGCGGUUCAUCUGAUGUUGUUUCCAACUUCUCCUUCUUAAAGACACUUUUUCCCUAUGUUGUUCUUAUAUCUUACUCGUAUACACGAUAACGAAAGCGCUGGAGUAAUGGGAUGGGUACUGCCAUAGAUUUUGGCUCUAGUAGAUGAAGCAGGAUGACGAGGUCUCUAGAUUAUGCUGUAUACGGUUCAGUUGGACAUUACAUAUACAAUGUGAAAUCGAAAAGUUUUGUUG